CAUUUUUGCGGGUAUGAUAGUGUAGUCAGAACAGUAUAAUUAGUGAACAAUAAAUUGAAUAUUUUGUUAAAUAUUUUAUGAAUUAAGAUUUGAUUUUCAGAAAUAUAAUAUAUGUAUAUUUUUAUAUCAUGAAAAGAAAGAGUCCGUUUUUAGAUAAAAAUAAGUGUUUAACAGAAGUUUCAGAAGAAAGUUUGGUACGGAAAAGUCGUUUGAGAGUUCGAAGUGUCAAUGAGAAAACCCCGAAAGGCCAAUUAACCCCAGAUUAUCCAAAUUGCUCGCCGAAUAAAUUUUCGGAAUCGUUGAAAACACCAAGAACAUCUCGCAGAAAAAAAUGCGCAUUGUCUCCUUUCGGCAUUAAAGAAAGUAGACGCAGUUUAUUUGAAAAAGAUGAUACAAAUGAAAAUUUGGAAACAAGUUUUAGCGGUAUUGCGCCACUAAGUCCCAUGUCGAUGCAAAAUAGCCAUAAAAUUUUAAGAUCCUCAAUGAAAAUACCUUUUGUUGAAAAUAGCAUGAAUUAUGUUACAUCAAGUGCAAAAAAGAAAAGGGUACAAAGCAGAACAACAGGCAACGAAGGAUUACAAACAAUAUUCAAUAAUGUUAGCAUUCAAUCAGUUAAUAGUAGUCGAUUGAAAACUUUUGAUGAAAAAGUAAUUUAUUCAGACAAAAAUAUUAGAGAUAAACAUAAAUUAUACUUCAAACAUUUUCCAAGCUCAGCAAAUGAUUUGAAUAAACUAAGGAGAAAAGAAACAGUUUCAAUUAAAGAUCUACAAAUCUCAACGAAAUGUUUUUACACAAUUCAAAAAGUUGAGCAAGGGCCAAUAGAAAUUAAAAAGGCUUCUGCUCCUUUAAAUAUAUCUCCCAAUGUUUUGAAAAUGGUCCCAAAAUCUCCUCUUGCAAAACCUUACUGCAAAUUUUCUAAAAAAACAAGAUCACAAAAAGGUAAUACUGAAAAUAUUACCAAACUAGCUAAUAAGGGGGUAAGUCAUGGUAUUCGUAAAAACCCUAGUAAGAACAAGCAAAGCAUAAAAAGCAUAAGUGAAUUUCUGAAGACAAUUAAAUCUGAAAAGUUAAAGUGUUUACCAUCUAAAAGAGUUUCCCCAGAAAAAGUUAAGCAAGUUCAUAAUAUAUUAAAAACUGCUGUGAAUUCGAUUGAGCUAGCAAGACCUUUAGUUAUAAAUUGCGAAAAUGAAACAUUUUCAACAUUUUCAGACUCAGAAGAAAGUGAAAUCGAUGAUUUUCAAAAUCAAAAUACAAUACAGAGUAAUGAAGGCCAUGGUGCAUUAUGUAUAAAUACGAUUAAAGAGAACGAGUUAGUUUCACCUUUAAAAGGCAAAAAAUUUUUUAAAUCAGGUCAUUCUUCUUUUAAGGAAAUUAAAAUCACUGAUAAUAUAAAACUUGGUGUAUCUUGUGGAAAAAUGUCAUUAUUAUCGGAAAAGAAAAAAAAAACAAAAAGCAAUAAAACCUUCAUUAACGAACAAGCAGUAGUUAAUGACAUAAUUAAAAAUUUAGAUGUUUCUCCGAAGAAAAAAGAAAGUGAGGGAUGCAAGGCAAUUGCUGAGAACUUUCAAGUUUCGUAUGAGUUAACAGAUUUUUUGAAUCAACAAGUAGCUAGUAAAAUGGAUGAGAAUGUUUCAAAUAUUUCAGAUAUUCUUGGACAAGAUAAUUUAUAUCAAAAAUUUCGUGAACAGAUACCAUAUCGUACUAUCGAUCCUAAUGAAAUUGAGCGUCAAAAUUUGUUGUUAGAUUUUCUAAUCACAAACAACAUUUGCAACGAAAAAAAUUUUGAAAUAUUUAUAGCAGAUCCCGAUAAUCAUAAGGAUGAAGCUGACGAAAUUAUUAAUAACAUAGUUGAGAUAGUAAAUGAGGAUAUUUGUCCAUUAAAAGAAAAUUUCAGUUUAGAUCCCUAUGAUCAUUUUCGAAAUCAAAUUCCAUACAAUACUACUGAUCCAGUAAAAGCAAAAGAGCAGGGUAUAUUGCUGGACUUUUUGAUUGAAAACAAUAUAUGCACCGAAAAAAAUUUCACUAUAUUCAUAAAAGACCUAGAAAAUCGGAAAGAAGAGGCGGAAAAAGUAAUUGAAAGUGUGUCUAGUUUAAUGCAAAUUGAUCCAAUUCCAAGUGAAAAUUUAUCUCAAGAUGUCGAAGCUCAGCCAAUUAAACAAAAGGAUACGUCAAUUUGCGAACAACAAGGGCUUUAUCCAAUUUUUUUUUCAGGAAAAAAAUAUAUUCCAGUACAAAACAAAUUUUCAAGAAGUAACAAAUUUGGAAAAUUAUGGCGGGGGGCCGUUGGAGGGGAACAAUAUCAAAUAGAUGCUGGUCAAAAAGAGUUCGGGGCAAAGCAAUGCGAAAAAUGUGGAUUAGUUUAUACAGUUCAUGAACCUGAAGAAGAAAAACUUCAUAAGGAAUAUCAUGAUUCAAUGUACUUCCUAAAAUUCCGGGGUUGGAUUGAUGAAGACGUUAUCGGACGCUAUUUUGAAUGGAGCAACGACGGAAGAAUUAUUAGAGUUACCAGUUCUGAGCAUCAAAAAAAAAGAGAAAGGUUAAUGGAGUUGUUAAAGAUAGUUGACAAAGAAUUAGGUUUUGCUUCCUAUAUAUUACCUGAUACGUAUGUGGCUUUUCUUGCUGUACGCAAAAGUCGAUUCGUUGGCUUAUGUUUGGUGCAAUCUCUUAAAAAGGCGAAUCGAUAUGUUAAAAUCAAUGGUGUUGAUUGUUGUACAGAAGAGUUCUUUGAUGCAAAAAUUGGAAUUUCAAGAAUAUGGGUGUCACCACUGUGCCGCCGGAUAGGAAUCGCUUCCAAAUUAUUGCUAGCCGCGCGUUCUCAUACUUUAGUCGGUGAUAUAGUGGAUAUCGAUAAGGUAGCUUUUAGUUCACCGACGGAAGAUGGAAAAAUAUUUGCUCAAAAAAUAAGUAAAAGAACAGAUUUUUUGCUAUAUCAAUAAAGUUGACAGCGAGUAUCAAUUUAUUUUUUCACCGUACCAUCUUUGUAAAAGAGCGUUAAAAUAUUAGGAAAAACUAAAGUACGUGCAUUUAUUACAAAUUGCUCGUGUUUUGAGCUCUAAUUUAAUGUUAUUUAAUACAAUCAAAUAAUACAUAUGUACAUACUUAUAUAAUUAAGAAAAACAGAAAUUUAUGAUAUUAACAAAGGUUUAAUGUCAUAAUUUUUCUCACAUAAUUCCAUCAUAUAAGAGACAAAAUUAGUUUGAUUAUGUGCAGAAUAUAUUUUUUGCUCGUUCGCCAAGAGGCUACUCUUUUCCACCUAACAUAUAUUGCAGUGCACAGAUUAGUUUUAUACGAUUCCUGUUAAAUAUUGUUAAAGAACAUAAAAAAAUUGUUUUAUCGUUCGUUUAUAUGUUGUUGAUUAAAAAUAAAAAUGUUGCUGAUGCUCAAA